AAACAUUUGCAACUCUAUUUGCUAUAAACACUCACGCCUCCAAAGCACGGCUCAUCUUUUGACAGACAUAAUAUAUUGUGUAUGCGUAUAAAAAGUCCACCUCGGGUUAUUUUGGCUGUCCUUGUGUUUGCGCUUCACGUCCAAUGGCGCAACCCCAUGGAUGAUAAACAGGAAGUGUUGCGUCAUAUCUGCAGUCUGUCUGUCCCCCCCCCCCCCCCCAUUAAAAGUCUCAUGUGGUCUUCGAGCGUUCCAAUAAAGAUGAGAUGGGGUUAAAGAAUUAUUAUUAUUAUUUUACGAGCUGCUUAAUGGGGUUCACCUUAAUUCUAUAAAACUUUCCGCCUCCACCUCGAGCGGCCGCUCCGGUCAGCUGGAAUGUGACGUCACAGCUCCGGGACCACUAAAAUGAACAUACACGUGAAGCGUCUGCCUUCAUCUUUGUACAACAGAUGACGUCAUGAGUGAGAGCGUGACGUCUGCCUGUAGUCGCCUGUCAUUCGCCGUGACGUCACACUGUGAACGUGAGUGCGCGACUUUAUCUCCUGUGUUGUGGUCCUCUUGUUACUCCGCUUCUGGAAAAGAGUCACACAAACAUUCUAUUUGUCAUCUAUUUCAAUACUUACAAUGCUGUAAAGAGCGCUUGCUGUGUUUAUCGGCUACACAGAAUUCACUUUGGAGACUCGGUCACAUUAAAUGAGGAACUUUUGAGUUUCAACAGAACUUUAUCCUUCCCACAAACCACAUUUCCACCGAGAUUUUGACUUUUCAGUCAUCGGUCGUCUGGCGUUGUCAAAAUCGAUGACGUCGUCAAACCCGUGAAAUCGCUUCCCAGCCAUCAAGAGAUGGAGGCUGAAUGUUUCCCCAAGGAAGUCAUCCUCGAGCUGGUGAAAGCCAGCUUCGAGCAGAUCUCCGCAGCCCAGUGGGCGCUGCUGGUGGCGGGAACCCCCGACUCGGAGACCAAGGCCAUCAUUGCCGACACCAUCGGCGACAUGAUUCAGAGGAUCUCCUCCAAUGUGGUGAGGCACCUGCUGCCCGCCGUCAGCGAGCACCUGCGUGGUCAAGCGUCUCAGGCUCAGGUGAGCAAUGCCAUCGACCGGUACAGUCCGAAGCUGAGUGAGUGCAUCACCGAGACGUUUGCCGCCGCCCUGGACCUCCCACCACAGAAGUAUGAGGGUGCAGGGGAGCUCACCACACUAGUAGAGUCAGAGGUGAAGCACCGGGUGACGUCAGCCUUGUCCGUGGCCCGGAACGCUCCCGAGUGGCCGUCGGACCCCACCCUCUUCAUCCGGGGCACCAUGUCCAGCGUGGGCAACCUGGCCUCCAUCUUCCGGAAAGCUGUGGAUUAUUUAGUGCAGGUGUUCUCUCGGGCACGUACGCCAUGCGUGGUGCUGUGCGGCCGCUCCACCAUGAAAGUCGGCGACAUGACUGAUGCAGUGAGCGGAAUCCUCUUAAAGUGGUCUCGCGCCAGUAAGGGCGAGAAAGUCCACAUCAUCGCCGAUGACAUUGACGUGGAGAAAUUGAGCAAAAACUCCGACCAGGAGAACUUGGAGGUAGUGAGCGAACACUCUGAUUCAGAGGUUUUGCAGAGUGCUCAGUUGGCCGCGCUCGACAUCACCAGAAGUAUCAUCCAGGAACCCUUGCUCAGCUCAGGGGACCGUGUGGAAAGACUGACACGCUUCAACCUCAACCUGAAGCUCAUUUCCAACAAAGUCAAGAAUUUCUUUAGGUCGCAGGUGAACGCCAGUCCGAACGGCAACAUCAAACUGCGCAGGUUGCGCUUCUUUAAGUUCGCGCGCAUGCAGUUCACGCGCAUGUUGGGACGACUCAAACGAGCCUUCAAGAAUCAGGAGGGGUGUCUGGUGUGCCUCAGACCGGAUCAGCCAAAGUCCCCCAGAGGGGAUGCCAAAGGCACCUUCAGGAGCAGCACCUUACACGUCAGGCCGUCACAGAAUCCUGUGUUCGAGUUCGAGGCCAUCCAAGACAUGGUCGAAAAGUUGUUCGAAGACCUCAGCAAGAUGGAACCGGAAGUACGCCAAGCCAAAAUCCAGCGCUACAUGGAUGAGAAGCUGCGGGGCUUUUCUCAAGAACUCACCUCUCGCCUGUACGAGUAUGUCAUGUCCUGUCAAAGCGAAGUGUAUGAGGUGCCCUCCAGCCGCUCCAACACGCCUUUUAUGGACUCCGUGCUGUGGGGGCGGCGGGGGAAAAAGCACUGGGAUGGUGGGCAGAAGUUCUCUCCCGAGGUCUUGUACGCCAUGACGGAGGAUGUGGUCUGGAGGUUCCUGCAGCAGCUGCUCCUCUGGAUGGAGACGGAGGACGGAGAGACGUACGCCGAUGAAGUGUCCGGCGCCGUCGGUGAGAUCAACCAGCUGGUCGUCACCGCCCUUAACACGAGCGAAGACUCGGAGGAAGAGAUCUCUCGAGAAACACCUUUAAAUGAGGUCGUAAAAGACGACAGCCUAAAAUGUUCCUCAUACGUACCCGAAAGCCGCACGAGGACCUCUGCAUCUUCCGACGCGGAACCUCUGUCCUUGAAGGACUUGAGUGAGGUGUUGGCCUUCACGCUGACCAUGCAGCUGGGCCAGCGUUUGCCCAGGAAGUGCAAAAAGUCUCUGAAGCCGGACGCCCUCAUGCUGGUCGUGCAGCAUCUGUCGUCCAGGGCCUUGAAGGAGAUCGGCCCGGGGCACAUGGACAAUAUCGAGACACUGGCCAACCUGGAGGAGGUCAUCAUACCAGUGGUGAAAAAGCUCCUGGCUGAAUUUGGCACGCCGGACAAACUGGUGGAGGCCGUGACGGUGGACGAGGCUUCUUUUGACGAUGUUGUUAUGAAACAUCUCGAAGUCCAACUUAAAGCCCCCAGAGGUGCGCCUAAGGGCACUCUUGUCAUCCAUAAUGUGCUGCUACCCAUGUCGCUGAUCACAUCAGAAAUACAGAUUGUGUUUUUCACAUCAAUCGACUUUCACAAAUGGCAACAUCUCAGGUUGAGUUGUGAACCAAAUGUGUCAAAAUAAGAUGACAGGCUAAGCGACAGACAUGGAGAACAAUCCCUCAGUUCCACUGGAGUUGCUAGUUCACCUUUCUAACAUGUACAUACUGUGCUUUAUAAGUGACCUCAAUGCUUCAUUCAAACCUGAAAAGGGGCACUUUCAAAGACAUUUUUUUAAAUUAAAUGAAUCAAACCUCGAUUCCUCAACUGCUUUAUUCAUCCACACAAAACUCCUCAGACCCUGCACAGCUUCAGAGGGAAGUUCUCUGUGAUCAGGUGGGCGUCGUGAAGCACGAUGACAAUGUUGACUUCAAACUCUACGAGGAAAGAAAUGUAGAUUAGCUCAUCAUACAAACUAGAAGAUGGCAGUGUAACUAUAAAUGCACAGGUGCAUGAUCAUAAUGAAUCCCACCGGACAUGGUAUGGAUUUUUUAAAAUUUUGUAUUCCCAUACUAAAGUGGAUACGCCACCUAGUGGGAAAGUAACAAACAUUUUUACACUGACUUUUAAUAAUGUGAAUGGUUAUUAAAAAAGGUCCUCAUGGUGAAUGAUGAUUUUGGCCCAGAUGUCUACAGGAACAAUUGAUACAAAAUCUGAACAUAAUUGUAUUAAGGUGGCGUGGGGGACAAAGUGCAGGCCAUCGAGCAUUUACAUUAUCAGGAGUCCUGUUAUAUUUGUUGCAUUAAUAAGAAUUUUUUUCCAAAAAUGUGUUUCAUUAAAAUGUAUGUAUUCAUUUUUUAUUCAAUUAUCUCAUUAAUUAAUCAUUCACUGCCAUUGACGUUUAUAUUCGUCAACUGGAAUCCAACUGCCACCAAUGUAUACGUCAGACACGUUUUUCAACGGGCGGGCGUGGAAGAGGGUCUCGCCCAGUUUGUGAAAUUGAGGUUUGUGAAACAUGUUCGUAUACUUCUCUAAUGACAAACUGAUCCCUGUAAAUGGUGGCAUUGCAUCGCUUUGGAAUUGAUAUCAGCACAGCUUUUCAAGUAGAGAAAAAAUUAGGCAGUGAAUCUCAGCUUGUCAUGUCGAUUGUGAGGGAAAGAAAUGGCGACACAUUGGAAGUCUGACAAUUUUAGGCACUUCACACAGUAUGUAUUUGUAUGGUAGAAAGAGUUUGCAUGGUAUAAAGACAAUGUGUUGCAGUAAGUAGUAGAACGUGUCUAUUGACAAAGGAUAAAAUGGAGUAAAUGAGGAACACCGUGUAAAAAAGGCCCUGACACAGUGAGCUAUGCAGUGAGUCGGCGUCGCUCACUGUGUGUUUCAUAGCUGUAUAUCUCUGUAAAUAAAUUA